AUGCCAUCUACAAUUACAUAUCCAGUGAUACGUCGUGAUCCAUGUGUUUCGGAUACAUAUUGUGAUAGAUCUUCAUCAACUGUUAUUAUUAAUGAUCCAUAUCGUUGGCUUGAAGAUCCUGAUUCUGAAGAAACAGCUCAAUUUGUUUCAGAACAAAAUAUCAUCAGUCAAGCUUAUUUAAAUAAUAUUCCUUAUAGAACAAAAUUUUUCGAACAUCUCAAAGAAAUAUUUAAUAUUCCAAAAUUUUCAUGUCCAUCGAAACAACCAAAUGGAAAAUAUUAUUAUUAUAUGAAUACAGGUCUUCAAAAUCAAGAUGUCUAUUAUGAAUUAGAUUCAUUAUCAAAAUCAACUGAUCAAGCACAAAUUUUAAUCGAUCCAAAUACAUUUUCUGAAGAUGGAACUGUAGCCAUACAAUCACUUAAUUUUUCAUACGAUGGCAAAAUCUUGUGCUAUAGUGUAUCUGAUGCUGGUUCAGAUUGGUCGACAAUUUAUUUUAUGGAUGUUGCAACUCGUAAAAAACUAGAUGAUGUUAUUAUUCGAACUAAAUUUUCAUCAUUACGUUGGACAACAGAUAAUCGUGGUAUAUUCUACUCAACCUAUGCUGAUGCUCUUAAUAAUACCACAUCGAAUAAUACUAAUUCAGUCACUGCUACAAAAAAUGAAAACAAAACUGAAGAAGAUAAAGAUACGAAUAAGACGACAGACAAGACAACAAAUGAAGUACCAUCGGCUACAAUUGAAGUAAUUCGUACUGAUAUUCAAGAAGUUUAUUUUCAUCGACUUGGUACACCUCGUUCAUCUGAUAUUUGUCUUGCUCGUAGUAUAGAUGAUCUCAAUGAACAUUUUUUUUCAGUUGAAACAUCUGAUGAUGGUCAAUAUUUAAUUGCUAGUAUAUCAAUAGGAACAUUAAAUGAAAAUAAACUUUGGUUUCUUCCAUUAUAUAAAUCAUCGGAUUCAAUUGUUGAACAACCAAAUUGGUCAAAAUUGAUUGAUAAUAUGGAUUUCGUUUAUAAUUUUGUAACAUCUCAAGAUGAUUUACUUUAUGUAACAACAAAUGCUCAAGCUGAAAAUUUUCGUCUUAUUACAAUAAAUACGAAAACAAAAGAAAUAAAAGAAGUAAUUGCUGAAGAUAAAAAUGAUUUAUUAGAAGAUGUAACACGUGUUUAUGAGAAUUAUUUUCUUGUUCGCUAUCUUUCACAUGUUAAAUCAAUUUUAUAUCUAUACGAAAUGGAAACUGGACGACAAUUACGUAAAUUUGAUUUGCCUAUUGGAAAUAUAUCAGCUUGGGGUGAUCAAAAUGAAUCAGAAAUAUUUAUACGUCUUGAAUCAUUUCUUUCUCCAACAACAAUUUAUACAUGUGAUCUUGCUCAAUCACUUGAUGCUUCAGUAACAAUUUUUAAACGAAUUGAAUUUAACGGAGUUGAUCUUAAUGCAUUAACUACUGAACAAGUUUUUGUUGAUUCAAAUGGAUUAGAUCCAUCAAAUCCAGUUAAAGUACCAAUGUUUUUAGUUCAUAAAAAAGAUUUACAAAAAAAUGGUCAAAAUCCAACACAUUUAUAUGUUUAUGGUGGAUUUUCAAUCGGAAUAAAACCUUUCUUUUCAGUUGCUGCACUUCUUUGGAUUCAUCAUUUUAAUGGAGUUUUCGCUGUAGUUAAUGCUAGAGGUGGUGCAGAAUAUGGUGAAGUAUGGCAUAAAGAUGGAUACAAACAUAAAAAAAAGAAUACUUAUCUUGAUUUAUGUGCUUCUACUGAAUGGCUUAUUGAAAAUAAAUAUACUAAAUCAGAAAAAGUAUCGAUAACAGGUGGAAGUAAUGGAGGAUUAACUGUAGCAGCUUGUGCUAAUAUGCGACCAGAUUUAUUUGCUUGUGUUGUAAUUCAAGUUGGUGUACUCGAUUUAUAUCGAUAUCAUAAAUUUACUAUUGGAUAUUAUUGGUGCGGUGAAUAUGGUAAUCCUGGUUUACCUGAAGAAUUUGAAUGGGUUAAAACAAUAUCACCAUUGCAUAAUAUUCCGACAAAUCCAACAAAAUAUCCAGCAAUUCUUGUGAUAACAGCUGAUCAUGAUGAUCGUGUUGUACCAGCUCAUUCAUUUAAAUAUAUAUCGCAAUUACAAUAUCAAUUAGGUGAAACAAUGAAUCGUUUAGGUCGCCCAUUGAUUUCAAGAAUUGAUGUUCGAGCUGGACAUGGUGCAGGAAAACCGACAAUCAAACGAAUUGAAGAAUUGUCGGAUAUUUAUUCAACUACACCCUUUUCGCAUAAAAACAAAAACAUACAAAAUUCAUCUUUUUCAAUAAAAGUAAUAAAUCUUGUUUUAGAAAUGUCUUCUCCCCGUGAAAAACUUAUUAAAAAUCUUCAAUCUCUAUGUAAUGAACAUGGUUUAACGUGGGAUGAUCAAUUAUCAAAUGAUAUUCCACGAAAAUGGCGUGUCCAUGGUGAUAUGCUUCUUCUUCCUUCAAAUCGUUGUUUUGUUGAUUCUCGAUGGAUAAAUAAUAUUCCAUCUGAUCAAUUCUGGUCAACUGUUGCUCGAUCAUUUGGAUCAUCAAUUAAACGUAUUGCUUUCGAAGGUCCUAUUAAAAAUGAUGAUUUUCGAUCACCAAAUACACGUUUAGUAUUAGGAAAUGAUCCAUGGAUAAAUUUAGUUGAAAAUGGCAUAAAAUUUUCAUAUAAUGUUGAUAAAAGUAUGUUUUGUGCUGGAAAUAAUACAGAACGAAUGAGAAUGGGACAAAUAUCAUGUGUUAAUGAAACAAUUGUUGAUCUUUAUGCAGGCAUUGGAUAUUUUACUCUUCCAUUUCUUGUUCAUGGUCAUGCGCGUCAUGUUUAUGCUUGUGAAUGGAAUCCAGAUUCAAUGGAAGCACUUCGCCGUAAUCUUCAAGCAAAUCAUAUUGAUGAAGAUCGUUAUACACUUUUAUUAGGAGACAAUCAAUUGACAUGUCCUGUUGGCAUAGCUGAUCGAUGUAAUCUUGGAUUAAUUCCAUCAUCUGAAGCAUGUUGGCCUGUUGCAUGUCGAGCACUUCAAGCUAAAGGUGGCCGUCUUCAUGUACAUGGUGUUGUUAAUACAAAACAAGAUACACAUGAUCAAUGGAGUGAAAAUGUUAGAUAUCGUAUUGAAACACUUAUGAGAGAUAUACAUCAUGGAGAAAACAAUUAUAAAUGUGAAAUCGAACAUGUUGAACGAGUUAAACCAUAUGGACCUCAUUUAGAUCAUCUUGUUGUUGAUUUAUUAUUAACUAAAAUCUCGUCAUCAUCCUGA